AAGGGGGGGUGUCUCCGCGAGCGGAAGCCGGAAAUAGCCGCAGCCCGCAGAUCCGCUCGGCGCCCCAAAAAGCGGAGCUCGCGCCUCGUUCUCUGCUCCCCGCGACCAUGGCGGGGGUGAAAGCCCUUGUUGGUUUAUCCUUCAGUGGAGCCAUUGGUCUAACGUUUCUUAUGUUGGGAUGUGCCCUAGAAUAUUAUGGUGUGUACUGGCCCCUGUUUGUCUUGAUAUUUUACAUCCUUUGUCCCAUUCCUCACUUCAUUGCAAAAAGAGUAAGCGAUGACACUGAUGCAGCUAGCAGUGCCUGCAGGGAAUUGGCCUAUUUCUUCACAACUGGAAUUGUUGUUUCUGCCUUUGGAAUGCCUAUAAUCCUUGCACGUGUUGAAGCGAUCAAGUGGGGAGCCUGUGGUCUUGUGCUAGCUGGCAAUGCAGUCAUUUUUCUUACCAUUUUAGGCUUUUUUCUUGUAUUUGGUAGAGGAGAUGACUUUAGCUGGGAGCAGUGGUAGGACUUCACUAUGAUGUUGGUGAUAUGCAACAUACAUGUUUAUAUACUGUAUAUAUGUAUGUGUGUAUGUUGGAAUGUUUGUGCCUGCACAUGUAGCCUUAUGCUAUCCGAACAUAAUAUGCUUUUUUACACUUGUAUGUCAGCCAAAUUAAGGGGAAAAGAGCCUUCUGACAGCUUUUUAAAUAGGUACAGAAUAAGCUGAAAUCACAAUAGCUAAAUCUGUCCUUAAAUCUUUGUUUACACAGUGUGCACUAUUUUAUUGAUUUUUAGUUUUUAAUUUUGAUAUAAUACUAUUGGAAUGUAUGUUGGGAGUCAGCUAACAUAGCUGACAUUUUUAACAGCAUAAUCAAAAUGGGCCUAUAUAUUGACUGCACAGUUUAGUCUCCUGGUUUCGCUAACUUGAUUAACUUCUGUUUUGUGACUAGGAUGGAACAAAUAUUUGCCUUUGUAUUCAAAUAAUUGUAAUUUUCAGUAGCUUGUUCUCUCAGUUUAAAAAAAAACAACCCAUUGAAUACCUAUAAUAGCUGCUGCCAAGUAUCUCUUGUCCAAUCCACAAUAAAGGGAGAGUGAGAAGUUUUGGAUGUUCUAGGAGGCUAUGUUCUAAUUUCUUUGCAUUCUCAGGCUCACCUUUGUAUUAAUGGCCCAUAGUGCACUACCAGAACCACAUCUGGUCUUGGAUCUCACUACAACAGCUUAUUCAUUCGUAACUGAAUGUUUCCAGGCUGUGAUGAUCUGGAGAAUAAAAUACCAUGAAUAAAUAUGUAACAGCCAUGAAGAGAAUUGAUGUGAUGCUAUCUCCCCUAACCUAGAAAAAUAUCUGCACAAGCAUUUGAUGUCCAAAGUAACUUUUCACAAUUGACAUCCUGUGGAUUUCCACACAAAUAAAGGCUUGAAAAGUAAUUACUGCUAUGUCAGUACUCUGAGACUGUGGACUUUGGUUUAUCCUUCUUAUCAGUGAAAAAAAUGUAAACUGAAAAUAUUUUUGAAACACAAAUAAUGCAAUGUACUCAAAUUUCACUUUGCUGAUAGGAAUAUGUUGCUUAUCAUAUAUUUUGCAUAGGUAUAGUUUUAAAUUUUUUUAGGCACAAAACCGUUAUUUUAUUUUCCAAGUUGAGACUGCACUAUAUUGAUGUGAUGAAAGUUUCCACAGCACUAACGAUUAGAUGCAACAUUUUCUAUUUGCUGCAUUUUCAGAUUGAAGGAAACUGAAAAUCAUUGAGUGUAUCUAAAACACAAUUUUUCUUGUUAGUUUUCCUGGCCUCUUUAAAAUGAUCAUUGUGGGCUUCACUGUAGGACAUUUAGCAGAAGAAUAUGAUGUCAAACAUCAGCAAACAUUCUUGUGUUUUUGUUCAUGACUUUCACAAUCAAGGCCACUAUCCUUAUGGGUAAAAUUUGUUGCACCAUGCUGAUUUUAGUGUAGAAUGUUAUAAUUGUAAACUAUUACUCAGGGAAAUUACGUGCUCAGAUUACGAGUUGAGCUGUUUGAGGAAAAUUCACUUUUGGUUUAUCUGUUUUGCCUGGAUUUUGAAGAAGUAAUUUUUUGUAUUACAGAUUGCUGUUCUUUAACUCCACCAUUUAGUUGAGUGAAAAAUAAGAAAAGGAUAGUUUAAAGUACAAAUGGUGUCGGAUUCUGCAGAUAACUAAGCUUGUGGGUUGCCCCAUUAAAUUUAAUGGAACUAAUGUGAGUAAAUGAUUGGUCCCUCGUGGUUUAAAUGAAUGUUUCAUAUUUCACUCUUUGGACUUGAUACACAGAAAUGAAAAGGAUGCACUAAACACAUUUCUAAGUUACCACUCCAGAGUUUUCUUUGAGGUGGUGGUGAUUUUUUUUCUUUUACUCAGAAAGGGGGGUUUGUUGUAUGGGCAGGUGCUCUAUGGAAAUAGAGAUUGUGAGACAUUAACUGUCAAUAUCCCCUUCUUAAUCAGCAUCAGAAACAAUCUUUUAAAAAGAAAACAAGGUCCUACUGAGGCUGCUCUAAUGCUUUGAAGACUUUUUGUGUUGCACCUAGAUGCCAUCGGGGUGGGUUCAUUACAAAUCAGUAGAUAGCUGUUGGGUGGAGACAGUAAACAUUUUUUUCUGAAAAAUUGCUACAUACGCUAAUUCUCACUGUCGGUUUCCAUGCAAUUAUCAUCAUAGUUUUUCCUUUUUUUAAAAGCAGUUGAAAUAAUAAUUAAAGUCAAUAAAGAGUUUAAAUCUCAGAAUUCUCUUCUGGCCUCCUUAAAUCUAAAUUUGCUUGAAUUAAUCUUUAGUUAAAUUAUCAGAAGUAGGAAGAAAUAGCCUUCAGUUUAUUUGUCAAGAGCUGUGCCCAUUCACAAGAGUCUGGUACACUGACAGCCACUACUAGGCAUAAGAGCAUCCAUUUAUUGCAGUCUCCUUAUAAUGUUUUUUCUUAUAUGCUAGUGAACAUAUAUGCAAAGUGCCUUAGCCUCAAGAUUUAUUGUAGGUUUGAGAAGGCAUAGACAUAAAAACACUAUUUUGCAAUCGGAUUGAAAAACUAUCAUCACAUAAUAUAUAUCUUUACUGUUGACUAAUAGCCUUUUCUGUAUUUCAAAAUACAUUACAACUUUUGUAACGUUUGUAAAAUAUUUCUUUUCCAUAAUUGCCAGGUUACUGAAAUCAUUAAUACAUUUGUAAAUUAAAGCAGUCUCAACUUUUUUCAAGUUGUCUAAUAAAACUGCCUAAAUGUAGAUGACA